UUUUUUUUUUCUGUGUAUUUAUUUACAGAUGGGGCAUGACUGGGGUUGGUUGGAUUCUGAACAAGACUAUCCCAAUGACUCUGAGUUGAGCAAUGACUGCAGGUCCCUCUUCAGCUCAUGGGACUCCAGUUUUGAUCUUGAUCUGGGCAGCUGGAGGGAAACUGAGAAGCCAGGGGCUGAGGAACUAGAGGAAAGCAGCCCAGGGAGAGAAGCUAGUGAGCUGCUUGUGAGGGACGGAGGCAGUGAGGAAUCUCAGGAAGAGGCAGAGCAAGUCAGCCGCCAGAACCUCCUCUUUCUUUCUGAGGUAGCUUAUUUAAUGGAGCCGUUGUGCAUUAGCAGCAAAGAAUCAAGUGAAGGCUGCUGCCCUUCAUCUGGUACCAGACAAGAGGCAAGGGAAAUUGAAGCUACUGAAGGAAAGGGGGAGCCCUACAGAGAACCUGAAGAACUUUCAGCCAAGGAAGGCCACUUAGUCGCUGAGAAGUCAUCACUGGGAGAAAAUGGAAGGCCAGAGGUGACUCCACCUCCCUCAGAUAUUUCAGCACUUCAGGAACAAUCCAUAGAGAGCAAAGAGGGGGGAGUUCAGCAAGAAUCCAAAGAGGAGGACCAGGGUGAAGGGUAUGUGUCAGAAAUGGAGGACCAGCGUUCUUCAGGUGAGUGUGAUGAUGGCUGCAGCGCCCAGGAGACUCCUCUGGUGGAUAUCCUUUUCAGUCGUGCUACCUCCUCAAAGCUGUAAGUAUAGAUUUUUAUCCAAGAUUGUUAGGAUUCAUACUUUUACUUGUCUUUAUGCCUAUUUGAAUUUGUUGCCAUGAGCAUUGAUUACUUUUGUAAUUUGAAAAAUAGAAUUAGAGUUGGAAAACACUAGAAAUAGAAUUAAAUACAAUUCUACUAUAUAAAUAGUAGUCUCUAUGCUUUCACCUUAUAAAAUAGGACUGUUUCAUCAACAUUAAGAAUCUCUUUCAUAAGUAAUGCUUGUCUCUAUGUUUAUUCAGGAAAUAUUGAUGAGUCAGCUUGUCACUCAAGUCUAAUAUAUAAACUGUACUUUUAAAAAUACUAAAACAUCUCUUAUUAACUUGAAGUUAAAAAGUAUUUCUAAGAUAUUAUGUCCCUUGUUACUUUUUAUCACAGGUCUUGGGAAAUUGUUUAUAAUUUUUUUUAGCAUAAAUAACUCUAAGCCACAGAGCACGUUUUAGAAUGUUAAUUUUUUUUCAGUGAAGUGAAUUUCUUUUUAAAUCAGAAAAACAAGGUAUUUCUAGUUUUAGUAACAAAUAGUUCCUCUUCUGGGCCUAGUCUGGUGUCUAUGUAUUGAGAGAAGAUAGCAUGAACUGUUUUUUCUUCUUCACUACAUCCUAGAUCCAUCCACAUUAUCUGUGGUAAGGCAAACCAAUAAUUAUUUUAGCCUAAGGUCUACCACUGAACCAUGCAUAUAUAUUCUUGUAAAUAGUAGAUUUCAAAUUUUUGUUACACAAGUAGAAUACAGCUAAAAACCUAGAUGUUGAAGAAUUACUUCCUUUGCUUUUCUAUAAUUGCCUUUGUAAGUAUGAGCAGAUGGCAUGUGAUGACUAUCCCCCAAACAGGAAAUCGCUAAUCUGGGACGUUUUUUCUCAUGACAUGUCAGCAUCUUGAAAUGCAAACUCCACACUCUUAUCUUAGAAUUUAGGUUAAACAUAAAAUCUUUAUUAGAAAGCUGUAGAUACUAGUAAUUGAGUCUUCUUGACUAGAUAGCUUAAGGAGAAACAGGUAUUUGAGUUCAGUGUUGUCAUUGUGGAAGCUUAAAACUACUUUGGAAGAUAGACAUUCCUUUGGUCCCUCUCUUCUGGCUUCUUCCUUAGUCUGUACUGACUCUCGGGGUAAAGUAGAACUUUUGGAGUACCACUGUUAAGUCUGCAGGUCCUUUUUACUCCCACAAUUUUACUUGUAGUUGCUUGGCAUGCAUUCCCAAAUAGAUGGAAAUAAAGGUAAGCAAGGGGUUGUUUCUUAAAAUAUUGCAAAGGUGAUUGAUUAUGAAGUUAUCGAGCUUAUCGCAGUACAUUUUACAUAAUGGAAACUUAAUAUCUCUUUUGUGGAUAUAUGAACAAAACUGUAUCAGAACUAGGGACUUAUUGUUUAUCCUGGCUGACUGACCAGAAACAAAGGAAGAGGUUUGCUUUGGGCUUUAAAUGUCUUGUUCUUGUAGGGUUCUGGGCUUAAGGAUAAAUUGAUUUUUGUGGUAUAUAAUUUAGAUACAAGUGAGAUAGUGCAUUAUGAAAAUGAAUUGUUAUAUGGAGUUGUUCAAACUGGAGAAAGAUGAAAUAUGAGUUGUGUUCAAAUGGAUGCACACAAUAUGGUACAUAAAGCAAAACGAGGGUGUAAAACCUUAUGUGUGAAGAGAGUCCGUUUAGACAGAAUAAGGCAGUGUAUAAAGUAUGAAGUGUAACAUGAUAUUUAACUUUGGAGUAAAUAGAAAACUUGCCAACUGGGAAAACUAUAAAAUGAAAUAAAACGAGCAGUUGUACCUCUAAAGAAAAAACUAAAUAAAUUAGGCAGUUUAGCCCAGAGAAGGAAGGACCAUGAGGAGAAAUGAAUUUGUCUUGGUAUUUUAAAGUUACUAUACAGAAAAGAAAAUGAAACAGAAAAAUAUUUAAAUUGUAUAGCAUUCAGGUGAAGUUUGAGAGAAUUCCUUGGGAUAUGAAACCAAGUUUUGUCCCCCACUAUGGAAACAUGGGAGAAAUACUUAUUAAUGUGACAUAUUUCUGUAUAAAAAGAGGACCAGAUUCAUGUAUCAAAUAUUCCUUUGAGCACUUAAUAUGUGCCAGGAACUUGGGAGACAUCAGUAAACAAAGACUACACUCAUAGACCAGUUGUUUAGAGUCAUAGGUGCUGAAGUGCAAGAUUGCAAAAGGCACAGGCAGUUGCUUAUAAGAAUGUUACAACUUCAUUUGCUAAUAGUGAUCAGUAGAGAAUACUUAUAGUCUAGCGUCCUUUAUGGAAGCCUUAAAUAUGUUUUCAUUCCUGUGAUGUUAUUUCCUUCAGAUGUUAGCUAGGGGC